AUGUAAAGUCCAAACUAAAAAGCCUUAAAUGAAUAAAAGUGGUGCAAUUUUGUAACAGCAACAGGUGGAGGGUGUCGGUGUGGCGGAAGCAAAUAAGAGGAUUAAAAACAGCCUGGACGCCAGUGCGCAUGCGUCGGGGCGUCUGCUGCCAUGACGACGGCUGCCACCCGUCGUCGGGAAGCUGUCGUGUGGACGAGAUGAAGUUUUCCGUGGUCGCUUUUAAACACCAAGUGAGGACACCUGGUUGCCAAGCGCUUAUCGCGCUACUUCCGGUUUGCGAGAAGUAGCCGGGCGGCGAGGGAGAACGUCAUGGCGAGUGAAUACCGGAAGAGUUUUGGACGUUCCAGAAGUGCUUCUCCGCAGAGGAGCGUCUCUUCGGAAGAACGGCGCUCAGACGUCACAGCUCACGGAAGUAGCGGGGCGGGGAGGAGUGUCCUGGCUGCUGGUCUGGACCCCCACAGAAACCGGAACUCGGUGGACCACCACUCCAAAGCACCCGUGAAGCCCCGCCCUCCAAAGAGUGACAGCCAAUUGCAGGCCAGCAGCCCUAAUAGGCACGGACCUCCAGCCAAUGAGGACCGGCAGGCUCCGUGCUGGGGGGCGGGGCCGAGGUCAAAGGAAGGGGCGUCUCCUCUGCUGAUGGCGCAGCAGGUGCUUCGCUCGGGCUGCUGGUCGCCCCGCCCUUUCAGACGGCACCCUGUUGCCAUGGAGACAGAGUACCGCCGCAGCUACCAGGGUCAAACGCUGCCUCCUGGCCCCCGCCUUCGGAAACAUCUGGAACAUCAGCUUCCCAUCUUCCACAUGCACACUAGGAGUAAGUCCGUGAUGCAACACGAUGACCCCACCCACCAGAGGGAGGCCACGCCCCCUUCUCACAGCAGACACAGGAAGCUGACAGAAUAUGAAGCCAAUUUUCUCUCUCCCGUCAACAAGAUGGUAAAAGAAGGCGCACCCUCCAACCACGCCUCUCAGGCGGCGGCGCUGAGGCGGCAGGCCUCCUGGUACCGGCGCCGGGCCUGGGGGACCCACUUCUCCCGAGAGCACCUCAACCAGCUGCUGUCCGAGCACAAUCGCCUGUGGGAGCCCGCCGACUCCACCCAGGGCGCCACCAGCCCCCGCUCCGCUUCGGAGCGCCGCGGGAGUCCCCGCGUGGAGGCCCUGGACCUCGACAGCUCCAGCUUGUCCGGCGCCGCCUCGUCCGGCCCCGCCCACAGAGUGGCGGAACACCACCACGCCACAGAUGAGGAGGAGGGACGUUUGCCGACACCAAAGAUGAAGAUGCAGCGGACUCAUCAUGACGUCACAACACCUGCCACAGGGGGUGCCAUCCUGGUGGGGAGGCCGCCCGGGAAAGAAGGUUGCACGAGCACGCAGGUGAGCGCACGUGCUCUUCAGGGGUGUGGCGACAGCGUUUCCGUGGCGACACCUAAAGAGGCGUGGCCCGACAACCCCUCCCCCCUCCAGAAUUCCAAGCCAAUCAGGCCCAGGCUGAGCUUGGCGCCCCAACACCGCCUGCGAGGCCGACUGAGACACGCCGAGUUCCAGCACAACGGUGAGUUGGGCCUGAGGUUCCGAGGGCGUUCCGGAAGCAGCUCGCACCAAGAAGACGCCCUCUCCGCCAUGUCCUGCCGCUCGGCGGCGUCCCGCUCGGCGGCGUCGGCCAUUCUGGAGCACGCUCAGAGGAGGCGGGAGGACUUCUGGGGGAAGAUUUGAGACGCGGUGGUGGAAACGGCCCAAUAAAGAUCGUAGAUUGUGACGCAGACUCGCUGGUUCCUCUCCGUUUGUCCUUGACUGUUUGUCUUUGUGACGUCGGCAGGUGGGGAAAAAUUCCGCGAGAUGACAUCACUUCCUCUUCCUCCUUCUCCGUCAGCCUGAGCAAACAUUGGUAAUCAUCACUUCCUGGUCAAGAAAGCCAGCUUUAUGUGGCGUGAGCACACAACACGUGGCGUCAUGUGGACAUGUUACAUGAUGGAAAUAAACGGAGGAUGUGCAAACAUCCCAGCGACACGCCACGCACACACGCACACACGCACACACGCACACACGCACUGCGAAACAGGAAGUGAUGUCAUUGCUCCAAUCAAAUUAAUGACAAACAUUAUAUUUGUCGUCACACUUUGACACUUCAUUUCCUCGCAGUGACAGUAAACACACCGCCGCUGACCUGUGUGUGUGCGUUUGGGGUUUUUGGUUGUCCUAUAUUUGUGUGGGGGGGCGGUGGCUUGGCGCCUAUAAAGACGAGGAGCGCCGCCGCGUCCUCACAUCAGCUCACAGCGGCGCUUCGCUCCUCCGCUCUUCACUUCGUC